CCUGCUUGUCAAUGGGCUGAAUCCUUUACAUCCCCUGCUGUCUGAGCGCAGGAAGAGCUUGUUCAUUCCUUUUCCAUCUGUAUGUACUCACAGAGUUGGUCAUAUCUAGUGGGUGCUUGCAGCUUUCUCUGGAUCUUUCUUAACCACUGUGCACAGAGGUCUUUCUUUACGGAGGGAAAUCCGAUCAGAAUCAACAUGACCAAGUUCGGGUCACAGACCAGUACCUACAAUAGGCUGGUAACUGUCUUUGUAGCCAUUGGUUCUAUGACCUAUGGCUACUGUGCUUCCAUCAUUGGUAGUACUAUCGGUCAGCCAGGAUGGUAUUCUUACUUUAACUUGCCUGCAGAGGGAGAGCCUGGCUACGCUGCAAUCACUACACCCGCCAUCUCGACGGCAAAUGGUGUCUUCAGUGGUGGUGGUGCGGUCGGCACUCUCUUCAUGAUGUGGGCGUGCGACCAAUUUGGUCGGAAGGUCUGUAUUCAAUUGGGCGCGUUCUUCGCAAUGUUUGGUGGAGCGCUUCAAGCUGGCGCAAAUUCGCUUGAUAUGUUCCAAGCCGGGCGAUUCUUGUGCGGUCUCGGUAUCGGCAUUCUUGUCACUGUUUGUCCGAUGUACCUUUCGGAGAUGUCGAGCCCCCUGCGUCGAGGCUGGUUGGUCGGACACCAUGCGAUAUUCUUGGUAUUUGGAUAUAUGCUUUCGGGGUGGGUAGGCUUCGCAUGCUACUACGCUGAGAAUAUUCCUGCGUUUGGCUGGCGAUUCCCUCUGGCUCUCCAAUGCCUCCCACCCUUGGUUUUGCUUGCCGGUUCUCCAUGGCUUCCUCGCUCACCUCGUUGGUUGAUCUCAAAAGGAAAACUUGACGAGGCCCAGCAUGUGCUUCAGCGUCUGCGGGAGUCCCCCGAUGACCCUGACAACCUUGCGGCCAAAGAAGAGUUUUUCCAGACCAAGGAACAGAUCAGACUCGAAGCUGAGAAGAUGACCGAGUAUGGGAGUCCAUGGAUUGCUGUCAUCAAGAAAAAAUCCUACCGCAAGCGCAUGAUUAUUGGAUUCCUUACACAGUGGGGAGCGGAGUUUGGUGGCCCUCUUAUCAUCAACAACUACGCAGUUCUUUUGUACACCAACCUUGGUAUGAAGGAUGGCAUGCCUUUGCUGCUGAGUGCUAUCUGGCUGACAACAGCCGGUCUAAUUUACAAUCCUCUCGGUGCUUGGCUCCACGAUCGAGUUAAUUCUCGCCGAGGCAUGUACAUCACUGGCUUUAUCGGGAUUAUUGUUACCACAUCAUGCCUUGCUGCGAUGACAGCUGAGUAUGCCGGAACAACCAACCGGGUUGGAAAUGGCUUUGGCAUUCUAUUCAUCUAUCUUUACUUGGCUUUCCAAGGCACGUUCUGUGACACGACAAUGUAUCUUUACGUCUCAGAGAUCUUCCCAACCGAGAUCCGCCCAAUUGGCAUGGGCUUCUCACUGUUUGGCCAGUUUGCUGCUACGCUCAUUCUCCUCGAGACCGCCCCCAUGGGCUUCAACAAUGCUGGUUGGAAAUACUACCUUGUCAUCAUCUGCUGGUCGGUAGUUUUUAUUCCAAUCAUUUACUUCUUCUUCCCGGAAACUGCUCGUUUGACCCUGGAGGAAAUCGCCCAAAGCUUCGGCGAAGAAGUUGCGGUUCAUCUCACCGAUGCCACUGAUGAAGAGAAGGCUCAACUCGAUGAGAAGCUUGCUCAUUCCAGUGGUGCAAUGCUCGAACCCUCUGAGACAUUAGGCUCUCCCCAUGGCAAGGAGGAGGCAGUGACAAAUCCGGUAUCCAAAGCUUAGAGCAAACUCUACAAGGCAGUCUGAUUGCAAUUAAUGUGAAGUGUUCAGCAUGCUUCUUGUGGCAAUGUUGGAUAUCUUGCACGUUUGAAGACAAUGAUCAUGAUUAUACACACUUCAAGGGAAAGCCCGUGAAUAUGGAAUUCGGACAUCAAGACAGCGUAUAGAUAAUUUAUUAGGUUAAAUUCUUUGACACCACCCGCUAUCUCGUUUAUUCCAGUAAACCGUUUGAAUCUGAUCUGUGAUACUCUGAUCUGGUCAAUU